GCUUCACUGAUCUGGGAUCAGCAGCAGCUCCUGUCACUGCCCCUUCUUUCUCUCCUCUCCUCCAAAGAAGUGCGCUCGCAGUCUAUGGCGCCAUCCCCACCUCUUCACCUUCACUUGUGACUGACACGCUGCUGAGGAUCGCUGCGUGCGAGUUUCUUCAAAAAGGAGCUGAACGACUUUUUUCUGUUGAUUAAAAGACCACCGCGUCGUCGCCUACGGGCUUCUGGCAUCGCGAUGGGAAUGCUGCUGCUGCUUUUGUAUUAUUAUGCGCUGUCGAGUUUUGUGUGCAACGCGAUUGCUUUCGUGGAGGAGCCAUCCGGAGGUAGAUCGGACGGGUACUGCGGGCGUAUCCUCCGGGGUCAGACACAUGGGACCCGGCGGGAUGGGCACCAUGAGUUCCGUCUCAGAGUGGAGGGGGAUCCUGAAACCUACCAACCUGGCAGCACCUACAGAGUGAUCCUCUUGGCAACCAGCCCUGCUUAUUUCAGAGGUUUCACCCUUAUUGCAUUGAAGGAGGGCAGGGAGGGCACCGUAGAUGAUGACUACACCGGCCAGUUCCAGAUCAUUGAUGAAGAGGACACACAGUUCAUGACCAACUGUCCCCGUGCAGUGACGGAGAGCACACCUCGCAGACGCACCAGGAUCCAGGUUUACUGGACAGCGCCACCUACUGGGAGUGGUUGUGUCAUACUGAAGGCGAGCAUUGUCCAGAAGAAAAUCAUCUAUUUCCAAAAUGAAGGUUCUCUUACCAUCCGGCUUUGUGAGAAAGAGCGUGUGUUUGGUGAGGCGACAGCAGAUCCUGCCAUGGAAUGCUGUGCUUGUGGGACAGCCAAGUACAGACUAACCUUCUAUGGCAACUGGUCAGAGAAAGUUCAUCCCAAAGACUAUCCCAGACGGGCCAACCAUUGGUCAGCAUUGAUUGGUGCGUCCCACUCCAGAGGUUAUGUGCUGUGGGAGUAUGGAGGCUAUGCCAGCGAGGGAGUCCGUCAGGUUGCUGAAUUUGGCUCUCCAAUCAAAAUGGAAGAAGAGAUUCGGCAAAAGGGAGAUGAAGUCCUGACUGUCAUUAAAACCAAAGCCCAAUGGCCUGCGUGGCAGCCGCUCAACCUGCGUGCUGCUCCAUCGGCAGAGUUUUCUGUGGACCAAACUCGUCACCUGAUGUCCUUUCUCAUCAUGCUCGGACCUAGUCCUGACUGGAACGUAGGACUGUCAGGAGAGGACCUUUGUACCAAAGAGUGCGGCUGGGUCCAGCGACUGGAGACAGAGCUUAUUCCCUGGGAUGCUGGCACUGACAGUGGUAUCUCGUAUGAAUCGCCAAACAAGGCCACAAUUCCCCAAGAGAAGAUUCGGCCUUUAACUAGUUUGGAUCACCCUCAGAGCCCCUUCUAUGACCCUGAGGGUGGGGCAAUUACCCCUGUGGCCAGAGUGGUGGUGGAGCGCAUUGCUCGGAAGGGAGAGCAGUGUAAUGUGGUACCAGACAGCAUUGAUGACAUUGUAGCUGACAUUGGGCAAGAGGAAACGGAGAAAGAUGACACCCCCGAGACGUGUAUUUACUCUGGCUGGUCUCCCUGGUCAGCUUGCAGCAGCGCCUCAUGUGAUAAAGGCAGACGGAUGAGGCAAAGGAUGCUUAAGGCGCAGCUGGACCUCAGCGUUCCGUGCCCCCACACUCAAGAUUUUCAGUCCUGCAUGGGACCUGGAUGCAGUAUGCAGGAGCCAUCGACAUGCAUGAUGUCAGAAUGGAUAAGUUGGUCAGCCUGCAGCGUGUCCUGUGGAAUGGGAAUGAGGUCUCGUGAGCGUUAUGUGAAACAGUACCCAGAGGAUGGCUCGCUCUGCCAGCUCAACACAGAAGAGACGGAGAAGUGUGUUGUCAACGAAGAAUGCUCCAGCAGCUGUGUGGUGACAGAGUGGGGGGAGUGGGAUGCCUGCAGCGUCUCCUGUGGCAUGGGCAUGACAAGACGUGAGCGCAUGGUUAAAAUGCCUCCUAUUGAUGGAUCAAUGUGUAAAUCAGAGGUGGCAGAAGUGGACAAAUGCAUGAUGCCAGAAUGCCACACCAUCCCAUGCAUGCUGUCACCAUGGUCUGACUGGAGUGACUGUAGCGUCACCUGUGGACGUGGCCUACGGACCCGCCAGAGGAUGCUGAAGUCCGAUCCUGCACAGUGCAAUGAAGAGUUGGAGCAGACUGAGAAGUGCAUGCUGCCUGAAUGUCCCAUCGACUGCAUGGUCUCAGAGUGGUCGGAAUGGUCUGAGUGCAACAAGUCUUGCGGUAAAGGACACACCAUCCGAACUCGCAUGAUAAAACUGGAGCCACAGUUUGGAGGAAGUGCUUGUCCCGAGACCAUCCAGAGGAAGAAAUGCAAGAUCAGGAAGUGUCGAUCAAAACCAAAAGACGAGAGGGGUGAAGGCAAGAGGAGAAGGAGGGGUAAACAGGGAAGAGAUGCAGUUUUGGAAGAACAGGCAGGAUGUGGGAUGCAGCCAUGGACCGGCUGGACAGACUGCACCAAACCAUGUGGAGGGGGCAUCCAGGAGCGUUUCAUGUUGAAGAAGAAAAGAGCUAAAGGCGCAAUGUUGGCCAACUGCAAGGACCGGAAGGAGAUACGCGCCUGUAAUGUUAAUCCCUGCUAGGGGGUGCUGUUGAGUUAUACAAGUGUUAAAAGAGGGUAUAUGUAUGUCACUAUUGAUGUAUUUGAUAACAAUGACAUGGAGGAAUGUUGAUGUUGUGUGUACAGGGCAGGUGACGGAUGGAUGUAUGGUUGGUCAUUAUGACUUAGUGAGGUGACUCAAAGAGCAGAAGGAAGCCAGAAUAGGUGAGGUGAAGCCUGUGUAUAACAUUAGCUCACAGGCUGAUUGAUUUUUUAUUUUUUUUUACUUUAGAGCACUACACAAUUAUUAAGUAAUAGCGCUGUAGUUUUCAUGUAUUUUGGUCAUUUUUGCAUCUACGGCAUGAAAUAAAUCUGAAAAACAG